GACCCCCACCCCCCUCUGCACCCCACCCCCACCCACCCCUACCCCCAAGUGAUGUCGGAGUGUGAGAAAGAUUUGGAAGUUCUUAGAGAGACUUUUAAAUCAGGGAAAACCAGAGAAGAAUCAUGGAGGAGGUCACAAUUAAAAAAUUUGCUGAGACUUCUUGAAGAGAAAGAAGAUGACAUCUUCAAAGCACUCAAACAAGACCUGGGGAAACAUCAAGUUGAGGCUUACAGAGAUGAGAUUGGGACAUUAGUAAAAUCUGUCAAUUAUGCACUGGAUGGCUUAAAGCAGUGGAUGUCUAGCAAAAAGGCCAAAUUGCCAAUUGCUGCAUUCCCUUCUUCAGCAGAGUUAGUUCCUGAGCCUCUUGGUCUAGUACUCAUUAUUUCCUCUUGGAAUUUUCCUUUCGGUGUAUCAUUGGAACCAUUAAUUGGAGCAAUAGCAGCUGGAAAUGUUAUGGUCUUGAAACCCUCAGAGCUAGCUCCUGCAUGUUCAUCAGUGCUAGCCAAGACAAUCCCUACUUAUCUGGAUAGCAAAGCUAUUAAAGUCAUUGAAGGUGAUUAUUCAGUUGGUCAGAAACUGUUGCAACAGAAAUGGGACAAGAUUUUCUUUACAGGGAGUACAAAAGUGGCUCAAAUUGUCAUGGCAGCUGCAGCGAAGCAUUUGACUCCAGUGACCCUGGAACUGGGCGGAAAGUGUCCUGCUAUCAUUGAUUCACUCUCCAGUUCGUGGGAUAAAAAUAUCGCAAUGAAAAGAAUUCUUUCUGGGAAAUUUGGGACCUGUGCUGGCCAAGUAUGUGCUGGAAUUGAUUAUAUCCUCGUCAAGAAGACGUUCGCCAACGAAUUGGUACAAAUGAUUAAAUUUGCCAUUCCAAAAAUGUUUGGAGAAAAUCCAAAAGAAUCACAUUCAAUGUCGAGGAUCGUUAACAAAACGCAUUUUUUGAGAAUAAAGAAUCUCUUAGAUGAGCCAAUGGUAAAAGCUUCAAUCAUAUAUGGAGGUUCAACCGAUGAAGAUAAUCUGUAUAUUGAGCCCACAUUACUUUUGGAUCCUCCGGUGCAAGCAGCAAUCAUGACUGAAGAAAUUUUCGGUCCAUUGCUCCCUAUCUUAACAAUGGAUAACAUCGAGGACAGUAUUGAAUUUAUCAAUGCAAAGCCAAAGCCACUUGCCAUAUAUGCCUUUACCAAAGAUGAAGAGCUCAGAAGGAAGAUCAUAAGCAGAACAUCUUCAGGAAGUGUGGUAUUCAAUGAUACAAUUAUCCAAUAUGCAGCAGAUACACUCCCAUUUGGGGGAGUAGGGCAAAGUGGCUUUGGAAGGUACCAUGGGAAAUUUUCAUUUGAUACAUUUAGCCAUGAGAAAGUAGUUGUAAGGAGGAGCUUUCUUACAGACAUCUGGUUUAGAUAUCCUCCUUGGAAUGAUCAUAAGCUUCAACUCUUUAGGGUUGGUUUUAGAUAUGAUUAUCUUAGUAUAGUUCUUAUUACACUAGGACUCAAGAAGGCUUGAUGUUUGCUCAAUAUCCAAUUUUAUACUUGCAAAUAUUUGUAUUUGUAAUUUGAUUAGUUAUCUGUCUUGCCUGCCCUAUUGAUAAAGUUUGAUAUGUAAUUUACAGUUAAGUGUGGAUUUUCAUCCGUUAUUUCAUUACUCCCACAA